AUGUCAACGGAUCUCAUCACGGAUACCAAUGAUGUGCGCAGCAGCAAGCAGUUGAUGGGCCAACUCAUCACAAACUGCUCCCGGUCGAACGGCACUGUGACCUGCCAGUCCUCAUCCCUCACCGCCUCGCAGGGAGAUGCGAUGAGUCGACUCGUCACGUUUGCAGAUGUGGACGGCACCACCACCUCCACCUUCAGCAUCGCUGCGGACGGCACACUUCCCGCCGCUGCGGCCCCCACGCGCAUUUCAUUUGAUAUGAUCGGCAUGAAGGGCAUGACGGAGGAGAUGCUGCGUGAGUUGUACGAUGCCUUCGACAUCAACCAGCGCGGUGGGGUGGAGCGGGGGGUGAUGCGGGAGUUGAUGCGGGCGGGGUUCUCGCACUACGGCGCCCCGUGCAGUGAACGCGAUGUGGAGCGGCUCUUUGAACACGCGACGCCGUAUCGUGUGCGGCGGCAGUUGAAGGCGGAGGACGCGGACGAUUUGAUGGCCUUCAAUGAGUUCUGCGUGCUUUUCCUCGCCUGGCUGCGGCUGUGA